CAGAAAUUAAUGGCCAUGAGUUCGUAUAUGGUGAACUCUAAGUAUGUGGAUCCCAAAUUUCCUCCUUGCGAGGAAUAUUUGCAGAAUAGCUACUUAGGCGAGCAGGGGGCCGAGUACUACAGUGCCUCGCAGGGCGCUGAUUUCCAGCACCAGGGACUCUACCCACGGUCAAACUACAGCGAGCAGCCCUUUAGCUGUAGCAAUGCCCAGGGCUCUGCCGGGCAGCCGCGGGGUCACGGACAGGAGCAAUCCGGCCCGGCGAGCCACUUCCCCGGCCCAGCAGAGCAUUGUCCACCGCCUCCAAUGUCCAACUCGCGAGCCUGCAGCCAGCAGCCGGCCCUCAAACCCCCAAACGGCUCCGCAGUUAAGCAGCCAGCAGUAGUUUAUCCCUGGAUGAAGAAAGUCCAUGUUAACUCGGUGAAUCCCAAUUACAACGGAGGGGAACCUAAACGCUCCCGCACAGCUUACACCAGACAGCAAGUCCUAGAACUGGAAAAAGAAUUUCAUUUUAACAGGUACCUGACCAGGCGCCGCCGUAUCGAGAUAGCCCACACUUUGUGUCUCUCUGAGCGCCAGAUCAAGAUCUGGUUUCAGAACAGAAGAAUGAAGUGGAAAAAAGAUCACAAACUGCCCAACACGAAGGGCAGAUCUUCUUCUUCUGGUUCAAACCCCCAUUUACAAACUGGUUCCAAGGACCAUCAGACUGACUUGACAACUUUGUAGAAGAGGUGAAAUUUUCCAUUUCAUCCUUCGCUUCUGACCAGUACUGUACAUAACUGACACUGCCCAAGCAGAACCUGCAUGUAGCAGCUAAGGACACGAGAAACUGUCAUCUUUCUUUAAGGUAUUGUUGUACAAAGGAGACAAAAUGACGCUACUUUGGACUUUAUUUUAUUUGCCUCUGCUAGCACAACCUAAAAAAAGGAAAACAAACA